AUGCAUAGCUAGCCAGCGGUUAGCUCCCUGUCAUGCUACUUGUUAUCGGGACGGAGAGGACAUCUUGUUGAUAACAUUUUGCGGAAGAACAGUUAUUUAUACAAGCUACGAAGGAAUAUAUAGGUUAAUGACGAUAAAGACGUGGUCGUCCGUAUUGACGUAUUUAAAGUGAAGAUUAGUUAGCUAGCUAUUUGUAAAGGAAUUGUUUGUUUUUUCGACGCCGCGGCAUACGCACAGCCGCACGUUAGCCAUCUAGCUAACGUUAGCAUAGCUAGCUAUAUUAGGGUCGACGCUUAAUUAACGUUAGUUAACAUUGAAUUUGUCUGUCCAGCUAGCUAGCUAGCCUGUGAUACCGUGUCAGUUGCCCAGUUGGGCAAACUCGGUGAAGAUUCGCAUUGCAAAAUUGAUUGCAAUUCUCUCGGAGCGAGGAUGGCGCUGAAAAGGAUCCACAAGGAGCUGAAUGAUCUGGCUCGUGAUCCUCCAGCGCAGUGCUCAGCAGGACCAGUGGGAGAUGACAUGUUUCACUGGCAAGCCACCAUCAUGGGUCCUAAUGACAGUCCAUAUCAGGGAGGCGUCUUCUUCUUGACUAUUCAUUUCCCUACAGACUAUCCUUUCAAACCCCCUAAGUUAGCGUUUACCACAAGAAUUUACCACCCCAAUAUUAACAGUAACGGCAGUAUCUGUCUGGAUAUUCUCAGAUCACAGUGGUCGCCGGCUUUAACUAUUUCUAAAGUUCUGCUCUCCAUUUGCUCCCUCUUAUGUGACCCCAACCCAGACGACCCUCUAGUACCAGAGAUUGCACGCAUCUAUAAAACAGAUAGUGACAAAUACAGCAGAAUAGCAAGAGAAUGGACGCAGAAAUACGCCAUGUGAUGACUGGUCUCGCGGAUCAUCGGAUGGAGAACGUCAUUGUAGCUGGAGUCAACUUCAAUUGCUGGUUUUCAUUAUUUUGUUCAUUUUUGUUAUUUGAAUUAGACUCAUUUUGCCCCCAUUUUUCACUCCUUCAUUCAUGUGCUAUUAAAAAGAUGGUGUUUGUUGCUCGGACGGUCGACGUUUCAUUUAAGUGGAGGGAAAAAAAACACCAAACAUUUUAAUGUAAGUCUUUUCAUGGGUUCUGAACUCUUCAUGUUGAGCAUGCGACAACAACUAAGAGGCCAGUCGGCCGUAUACGAUCAGACUAAACUACUAGUCUGCCUUCCAUCCAUGUUGUUCUGAGGACCUUGGAAGACACCUGACCGAACCGGACAGACGUGUCUCUUCAGGAUACGCCGACUGGUGUGUGAUGUCGUCGGCUGUGUCUGAAAUGGAACUCUAUUCCCCUAUGUUGUGCACUACUUUUAACCAGGGUUCUUCUAUGGGAGUAUCCCUGUGGAUCCUGGUCUACCAGGGGGAAUAUCCCGGUCUACCGGGGGAAUAUCCCUGUGGAUCCCGGUCUACCAGGGGGAAUAUCCCUGUGGCUCCUGAAUAUCCCUGUGGAUCCUGGUCUACCAGGGGGAAUAUCCCGGUCUACCGGGGGAAUAUCCCUGUGGAUCCCGGUCUACCAGGGGGAAUAUCCCGGUCUACCAGGGGGAAUAUCCCGGUCUACCAGGGGGAAUAUCCCGGUCUACCAGGGGGAAUAUCCCGGUCUACCAGGGGGAAUAUCCCUGUGGAUCCCGGUCUACUGGGGGAAUAUCCCGGUCUACCGGGGGAAUAUCCCUGUGGAUCCCGGUCUACCGGGGGAAUAUCCCUGUGGAUCCCGGUCUAAAGUAGUGCAUUUUUAUCAAGAAUUCAAUGCCAUUUCAGUGGCAGCAGUGUUAUGCGUUUUAAUAUUGUUAGCGACCCAUGGCCUGAGAGAAUAUUUACCACCUCGUAACCAAAUGUGUGAACAGACAAACAAAUGCUGCGGGUAUGUCAACAUCCAGUCAGCCAAAAAAAAUAAGAAAUGUAAUGUAUUUUAUGCAUGUUAUAGGAAUAGGUUGGAUAUUAUUCAUAUGAAGUGGAAUCACGUUGCAGGGGUGGGCAAAUGGGGGAGGGGAAAUUAUUAAAUGAAAGCUUUCUAUCUUUGAUUUUAGAAGUUGAGAGCUUAUAGUUAGGUCACCUACCUAAACACUGUAUUGUAGCUCUGAGACGUGACGCAGAGCUAUCGGUUCAACUAUCUACUGGUGCCUCUGUCGCCUUUUUUGUUGUUGAUUUCCCAUCAAUAAAGUUAAAUCAAAAAUA